AUGUCAACUACAGACGAUUUUGACAUCACAGAGACAUAUCUAAAGUUUUUAGAGGAAGAUUCAGAGAUGACUAUGCCUAUAGCGGCUAUUGAGGCACUGGUCACAUUAGUUAGAGUUAAGAACCCAACAACAGCUGCGGAAGUCAUAAACUUAAUCAAAUCUGGUGCUGAAGUUCUGGUUAAAUCUAUUCCAAACUCUGUAUCUUUAAGAGCUGGGUGUGAUAUAUUUAUGAGAUUUGUUCUUAGAAAUCUUCACUUAUAUGGCGACUGGGAAAGUACCAAACAACAUUUAAUAGAGAAUGGGCAAUUAUUUGUGUCGAGGGCCAAAUUAUCUCGUGAUAAGAUUGCUGAAAUAGGUAUUGAUUUUGUAUCUGAUGAUGAUAUUAUUUUAGUUCAUGGUUACUCUAGAGCUGUAGCUUCUUUGUUAACUCACGCUGCUAAUAGAUUUAUUAGAUUUAGAUGCAUAGUUACAGAGGCCAGACCAACUUCUCAAGGUAAACAAUUUUAUGAGUUCUUACAAGAAAAAGGUAUACCCGUCACAUUAAUUGUCGAUUCUGCAGUAGGGUUAAUUAUUGAUAAAGUCAAUAAGGUAUUUGUUGGUGCAGAAGGUGUUGCUGAAAGUGGUGGUAUUAUUAAUAGAGUAGGUACCUAUUCGGUAAGUGUGUUGGCACAUAAUGCGAAGAAACCAUUCUACGUGGUGACAGAGAGUCAUAAAUUCGUUCGUAUGUUUCCAUUGGCUGCAGACGAUCUUCCAAUGGAUAGAAAGAUCUUAGAUUUUUCUCGUAUUGAUAGUGAAUCUAGUUUAUUGAGUGGUCCAACGAUUGAUUAUACUGCACAAGAAUACAUCACUGCAUUGAUUACUGAUUUAGGUGUUCUAACCCCUAGUGCUGUUUCUGAAGAGCUUAUCAAGAUGUGGUAUGAUUAA